UCCAGAAUCUCCUCGAUGGCUGCUGAAGCAGCGCCGACAAGAGGAAGCGGAAGUGAUCAUACGCCGUAUGGCUGACGUGAAUAAAGUCAAGUUACCUGACAACCUGUUUGAGGAACACGAGACAGAGACUGGAACACACGAUGACGACAAACCCAAGGGCAGCUUCUUCGAUCUAUUCACCACUCCAGUCAUGUGCACACGAACUCUUAUUAUAUUUUUUAACUGGAUGGUGGUCAGCAUGGUGUACUAUGGCCUGUCCCUUAACUUGGAAAAUCUCGGUGCAGGAAGCAUCCACCUCAACUUCCUGCUGGUAGGGCUGGUUGAGUUCCCCGCGCUGGCCCUCAUUGUAGGACUGCUUAACAGACUUGGAAGGAAGACAUUGCACUGUGCAUCUAUGUUACUAGGAGGAGUGUCCUGCAUCCUCACCAUCUUCACCAUCCUAUAUGCAGACCAGACAUUACAGUGGGUUACGGUCCUGCUCGCUAUGGUAGGAAAGCUGGGUUCCACGGGAGGUUUUCUGAUCAUCUACAUCUUCUCCUCAGAACUGUUCCCCACAGUCAUCCGCCAGUCUGCCACCGGGGCAAGCUCCUCUUGUGCACGGGCAGGAGCCAUGGUUGCUCCAUAUAUCGUGGACAUGGUAUGGAUUUGUGGUGACCUCGGCCGCGCCCUGUCGCUAUUGGUGUUUGGCAGUCUGGCCAUCCUGGCAGGGCUCUUGGCCCUCUUCCUGCCGGAAACACUAAACAGAGACCUCCCAGAGACCAUCGAGGACGGGAUCAAGUUUGGCAGACAAUCUCCUCGACGGAGGUCCACAGAUGAAGAUUCGGAAGAAAAUCUUCCCCAGCGAGGUCUUCUGUUGUUAGCAAUGUCUAACUCAAGGGUCUCCAAUAGGAACAUUUCCCCAAUAUGCAGUGAUUCUACAACUCAUGUCAAUGCUUGAGAUCGUAAAG